AUGUUUACGAAUAAAAAUAUAGUUAAAUAUUGUAGUAAAUGGAAAGACUUUAAACAGUUAUAUAGUUCAAAAAGUGUAAACUUACCUGAAUCUGCAGAAGUAGUGAUAAUCGGUGGUGGAUCCGCCGGGUGCAAUACUUUAUACGAACUUACAAAAAGAGGUGUAAAUGCCCUUCUUUUGGAAAGAUCUCAGUUAACUAGUGGCACUACUUGGCACACAGCUGGUCUGGUAUGGAGACUUCGGCCAAACGACACCGAAAUCCAAAUUUUGGCGGACACCAGGCACCGUUUGAUGAGUCUAGAAGAGGAAACUGGUCUUAAUUCAGGAUGGAUUAAUAACGGAGGAAUAUUCAUCGCACAUUCUAAGGAACGUUUGGAUGAAUACCGUCGUUUAUCAACAAUUGGACGAUGCAUGAAUGUAGAAAGCGAAAUUUUGGACCCAUCUGAGACCCAAAAGUUAUUCCCAUUAUUAGAUCCUGAAAGUUUUUAUGGAGCUCUCUAUAGUCCUGGAGACGGAGUGGUCGAUCCCGCCAUGAUGUGUGCAGCUUUGACCAGAGCGGCUGGACAUAAAGGAGGAAAAUUUAUUGAAAAUUGUGCCAUUACUAAAAUUUUGGUGGGCGAAACACUAUUGGGUGAAAAAGAAGUUGUAGGCAUUGAAACUGAGCAUGGAACUAUAAAAACUAAUUGCGUCAUUAACGCUGCAGGAGUAUGGAGUGGACAUCUAUUAGAAGAUUUAGGUUUAUCCUUGCCUCUGAUUCCUAUGAAGCACGCUUAUAUCGUUUCGGAACCUAUGGGUGCGCAAGGAUUACCAAAUAUAAGAGAUCAUGAUGCGUCAGUUUACUUCCGGAUUCAAGGAGAGAGCAUUUGUAUGGGAGGAUAUGAAACCGAUCCUAUACUUCUUGGAAAGGUGCCACCAGACUUUUCAUUUGGAUUAUACGAACUGGAUUGGUCUGUUUUUGAAGCACACACUUCUUGGGCCGGCAAGAUUUGCCCCGCUUUCGACCAAGCUGGGAUAAAGUCAACAGUUUGUGGACCAGAAUCUUUCACACCGGAUCAUAAACCCAUUAUGGGGCCCGAUCCUAGAUUACAUGGUUUAUUUCAUAACUGUGGAUAUAAUUCCGCCGGCAUGAUGUUGGGAGCAGGCUGCGCCAAACAAAUGGCGAAAUGGAUAAUAAAUGGAAGGCCAGAUUUCGACAUGUUUGCUUACGACAUACGACGAUUUUCACCCAAACAGAUGAAUGAUACGAAAUGGGCCACUGAGAAAAGUCACGAAAGCUAUGUGAAAAAUUACAGCAUAGUUUUCCCACAUGACGAAUCUUUAGCUGGGCGUAAUUUACAUCUAGACCCACUACAUGAUGAAAUGUUGGCAUAUCACGCAGUUAUGGAAGAGAGACAUGGUUGGGAACGUCCAGGUUACUUUCUAGAAGACAAAGUCAAAUCACCAGAUGCUAAAACAGCAGCACCUGUGACAACAUAUGACUGGUAUGGCAGUUACGGCCACCAAAAAUCACCAGACCAGAGAUAUGUAGAGAAAUUAAAAGGAGAAUAUCGGUUUGGAUUUCCCGAAUGCCAUGAUAUCAUUGCUUCCGAAGCAAUGGCGUGUCGAAAGCAGGCAGCUUUGUUCAAUAUGAGCUAUUUUUGCAAACUAUAUUUAACAGGACCUGAUGCCCAGCAAGCCAGUGACUACAUAUUUACUGCAAACACAAACAAACCUACAAACAAAACGGUAUACACAUGUGCAUUAAAUCAGAAUGGUGGCGUAGAAGCAGAUGUAACUAUAUCGGCCAUAGAUCCUGGAGUCGGAAAUAUCACAGAUCCAAUAUUCAAGGGUCGAGGAUUCUAUAUAGUUGCUGGAGGCGCAUCGGCUUAUCACACUUAUGUUCACAUAAAGUCAAUUCUAAGAGAAAAAAAUUUCAAGUGCCACAUUAGAGAUGUCACUGAUCAAAUGGGAGUUUUAUCGAUACAAGGGCCUAAUAGCCGUGAAAUACUAAAACAGAUGACAAAUGCAAACCUGAGUGAUGAGGCGCUUCCACCAAAUUCAACAACCAUGCUCACGAUUAAGGAUGGAUUAUCUAAAUCUUAUGUAUGUCGUGCACUUCGUGUAAGUUUUGUGGGAGAGCUAGGCUAUGAAUUGCAUAUGCGGAAUGAAGACUGCGUGCCAAUUUUUCGAGCUUUGAUGGAUGUUGGAAAAUCUAAGGGACUUAGAAAUGCCGGUUACAGAGCCUUAUACUCAUUAAGUAGUGAAAAGGGGUACCAUUUAUGGCAUUCCGACCUGCGGCCUGAUGAUACGCCAAUAGAAGCAGGAUUGGCAUUUACAUGCCGAAAGACUGGAGACUACAUAGGUAAAGCAGCUAUUGACGAACAACGCAAAAAUGGCAUCAGGCGAAAAUUGGCUUUUUUCACUAUGGAUGCUCAAGUGCCAAUAUGGGGCUUAGAAGGCGUUUGGCGAAACGGUGAAAUCGUGGGUCAUCUUCGACGCGGCGAGUAUGGUUACACGUUACGCAAACCAAUUGGCCAAGCUUACAUUUCUCGUCCUGAUGGAGGCGUUAUUGAUGCAGAUUUUCUCAAAACUGGAAAAUAUCAAAUAGAGGUAAUGGGAAAACUAUAUGAUGCUAAUUGUCAUUUAAGAAGCCCGUUCGAUCCAAAAGGUAAAAGGGUCAAUGGCGAUUACAGUGAUCAACAUAAUGUUGAAGAAAUUUAAACAAA